AUGGAUGAAUUUCUAACCACAUAUCGCGAACGAUAUGGAUGGCCAGCUAUGUUCGAAUUAACACCUAAGCCAUGUCAGCCGCCAAAAGAGUACUCCCAAAGGGUCCUCAUGCGCCGCCAAAUGGAACCAUGGUGCCAUUGCGACCGCCAUGCUUACGACCCCAUGAUGGACCAUUACCGCCAUUUGGCAGAACGUGAAAAGCGCCUUUUCGAAGAUUUGGUCACCUUAAGUGGCCAAAUGUCCGUUCUCGCAGGCGAUAUCCUGGAUCAUCCUUGUGACAAUGAUGAUCCUAAAAUGAAGAGUAUCUAUCAGAUCGAUUACGCAAAGAGAUCCUAUCCUGUUAUGAGUUACAGAAGUCUGGUGACAGCUAUAGAUUCUCCAGUGGGUGUUCCUGUCAAGCCUUAUGGAGUUGGAUUGAAUGAUGGUUAUAGGGAUCCUACUCGAUUCCGUUUGUCGGCAAUUCCUGUGCCUAAGAUAGAUUCACCGCCGAAAAUAACUUUGGCAUCAAAACCAGCGUCGGUUGCUGAAUACCAUAUAGAUUUUCCAGGAGCUACAGAGUAUAUGGACACCAUUGGUAAAUUGGGAAGGACGUGCCAACUUGCUAGGCAACAAUAUACAGAGCCUUUACCGAGCACGAGGAGGAGACAUUUGGAUCCAUGCUUGUAA